GAGCCGCCGGACGACUUCAUCUGCCCCAUCACGACGGAGAUCAUGAGCGACCCGGUGGUGGCGGCCGAUGGGCAGUCGUACGAGCGGUCGGCGAUCGAGCGCUGGCUCGCGACAAAGUCGACCAGCCCGCUGACAAGUGCGGAGCUCGAGAGCAAAGGGCUCUUCCCCAAUCACUCGCUCCGCCGGAUGAUCCGGCUCUGGCAGGAGCAGAGAUAG